AUGGCGAUCCUCAAAUUCGCGCCCUUCAGCACCAGCAUCCACCCAACAUUCUGGCAGGAGCUCUCGUCGCUCAAGAUCGACAAGCUUCAGCUCAGCGAUGAGGCGGUCCAAAUCAAGGCCCAGUACACGGCUGGAAAGGUGAUUCUCGAUCGUCAGACGGGAGCGUCGGUCUCGCUUGGGAGUCAGAUCAGCUUGGACGCUGCAAGUCUCCAGCGCUCGGAUGCAACGCAGCACUCGGCCAAUCAGCCGUCCACAUCUGCCAUCACAGCUCAGUCAUCGUCCGCGAUAAGCGCCCGUGGCUUUCUGAAAAACUUCAACACGGUCGAGGCUUUCCGCAAUGCCGACAAGCAGGCCAUCUUUGACGACACUCUGCAAGACAUCUGGAAAAGAUUGACAAGCGAUGAGGAGGAACCCGAGAUCUUUUUGACCACCUUUCUGGCGCUCACGUUCGCGGACCUCAAAAAGUUCAAGUUCUACUACUGGUUUGCCUACCCUGCUCUGGUGACCAACCCGCCAUGGGAGAUCAUCGAGGAUGGCAAGGAUCCAUGGAAGCCGAUCUCAUCAACACUGGACGCUGCCCGUUGUGGCGUGCUUUCAACUUGGCUUCAGCAGCAGAGUGCAGGGAGAGGCUUCUUCCUCUUCAAGAUCUCCAGUGGCACAGAUGCUCAGUGCGCCAGGAUAUCCUCAUACGCUGCCUUCUUCGACGGAGUGCCGGAAACCGAACGGUACAUCGGCUUUGUGGAUCCAUCAGGCGCGGUGCAGACCCCUGGCUGGCCAUUGCGCAACCUGCUAGCGUACCUACAGGCCCGCUUUGGCGUCGAACACGCUCAAAUCAUCUGCUGGAAGGACGAUCUCGCACAAAGCUCUGGCUCAUUGUCGCCUGAUCAGUCGAGGAGCGUGGUCGGUCAAGUACGUCUGCCCGCAUCACAAUCGACCGAUGGCGCCUCGACUGCGGGGCUCGAGGUGCAAGGAAGGGCGACGAGGAUCACAAGCAAGCCGAACAACCCACAAGAACCGAGUGGCGUCGGCUGGGAACGCAACGUUCAAGGCAAGCUGGCGCCCAAAGUGGCCGAUCUCGGACCACUGAUGGAUCCAAAGAAGCUAGCAGAUCAGGCGGUCGAUCUCAACCUCAAGCUCAUGCGAUGGCGGAUCAUGCCCGAGAUCAAGCUCGAGACGAUCCAAAGCACACGCUGCCUUCUGCUAGGUGCCGGCACACUAGGCUGCUACGUAGCGCGAGCCUUGCUUGGCUGGGGUGUACGGCAGAUCACGCUGGUCGACUCAGCCAAGGUUUCAUUUUCGAAUCCGGUACGACAGCCGCUGUUCGACUUUGAGGAUUGCUUGGAAGGUGGACAGCCCAAGGCCGAGUGUGCUGCAAAGAGGUUGCAGCGCAUCUAUCCGGGUGUCGAGGCGAAGGGGGUCAGCCUCAGCAUUCCCAUGCCAGGACAUCCGGUCUCGUCCAAUAUGGAGGAGCAGGCCAAAGCGGAUGUAGAAAGGCUGGAGAAGCUGGUGGACGAGCACCAUGUGAUCUACCUGCUGAUGGACUCGAGGGAGAGCAGAUGGCUGCCGACGCUGCUGGGUGCUGCAAAGUCGAAGCUGGUCAUCAACGCUGCGCUGGGCUUCGACAGCUACCUCGUCAUGCGUCACGGUGCUCCCCCGGCAUCGACAGACGGCACGGGUGCAGGCAAGGACGCAAGUUCGAGCUGGCACGGUCGUCUGGGCUGCUACUUCUGCAAUGAUGUGGUGGCGCCAUCCGACUCGCUCACCGAUCGAACGCUGGACCAGAUGUGCACGGUGACAAGGCCUGGUCUAGCUGCCAUCGCGGGCGCGUCCGCCGUCGAACUGAUGGUUUCUGUGCUGCAGCACGAUCUUGGAGUCCAUGCACCCGCCACCGCCGGCGAAACAUCGAAGCAGAGCGUGGAAGAUGCGCAGGCGAUCGCAGACGCAAGCACCGUUCUCGGCAUUGUCCCACACCAGCUUCGCGGCUUUCUAGCGCAGUUCAACACGCUGCGAGUGGUGGGCCAGGCGUACGACCGCUGUACCGGCUGCAGCGCCUCCGUGGUGGAAGCAUACCGCUCGAUAGGCUUCGAGAUGCUGCUAAAGGCGUUCAACGAGGACAAGUAUCUGGAGCAGCUGACGGGUCUCGAUCAGAUGUAUAAGGAGGCGGAAGAGCUGGAGGCUGCGGUAGAUUGGGAUGUCGAGGAUGACGAGGAGGACGGCUUCUGA